UCCUCUGUGCUUAGUGAAGCAGCUUCUCUCUGCUUUUCCUCUCUUCCUCGCACACACUUUCUCGGUUUCCUAUUCUUUUGCCUGAGCUGUCGAGAGCAAGCGCGGCGACAGAGGGCUCACUCGCUCCAACUGCUCCCGCACCAUGCUGCCCUGGAGAAGGAAUAAGUUUGUUCUGGUGGAGGAUGAGGCCAAGAGUAAACCCAAGAGCCUGGGGACUGGGCUGACCUACCACUCCAUCCUCUCCUCCCUUCUGCGCUCCUGUCCGGACCUGCUGCCCGACUGCCCCUUCAACUGGGUGGGCAACAUCUUUCAUACCAAACGGCAAAAGGUGGAACUCAACAAAGAGGAACCUGUUUACAAUGUGCGCUACCUGGGGAGCGUGGUCACGAUCACGGCAAAGGGCGACGGCUGCACCCAGGAGGCCGUGGCCAAGAUCUGGGCGAGGAGCAACUACGGGGAGCAGAGUGUCAAGAUGAGGUUAACAGUUGGACCGCAAGGCAUCCGGAUGAGUGCUGACAAAUCUGGGAAAAAGAAACCCAUCCAUCUUUACUCUCUGAACAGAAUCACCCAUUGCAGCACUGACCCGUCACGGCCCAAGAUCCUGGCUUGGAUUUACAGGCACCAGGUCAAGAACAUGGCCGUGGUGCUCCGGUGUCACGCCGUCCUGGUCAGCAAGUCGGAGAAGGCCCGGGUCAUCGCCAACAGCCUCUACCAGAACGCCACCUCCGCCUUCAGCGAGUUCAAGCGGCUGAAGCGUCAGAGCGAUUUCCGGCACUGCCAGCAGCAGCUGCUGGGUGAGGAAGCGGUCCCCUUGAUGCCCCUGAGGAGGCUGCUGAACGGGCAGUGCCACUACAGACCGCCUGCCGACAAUCCCGGGUGCGCCAGCCGCCUCUGCUCCAUCACGGAGGAAGAAGAAGAAGAAGAAGAGGAGGAGGAGGAGGAUGACAGCGAAUAUGGCAUGCAGGAAAUGGAGAAACCAGUGGAGGAUGUAGAGGAGCAGCAGGAGAAACAGGUUUUCACAACAAACACAGACCCGACUGAGUUAUUAUCAGAGUUGGAUAUUGGGGAUAUUGCCAGACUGGAGCAGUGCCAAAUCCACUUUGUCAGUGACAGCAACAACAACAUGUUUACAUUUAUAACCUCUCUGGUGUGACAGUGUAAAGAACGCAACACUACAGUAACACAUUCCUCUCUUAGCCCCUCACUGGUACCCCACUCAGGCUCACUCCUGCCCCGUCCAUGUUAUGUGAAGUGUUUACCGGAAACUUCUCCAGCCGGUGAAAAGGCGGACAGUCAUUUCUGUCCUGGCCAGAUGGCUCAAAUGCUGGUUUGACUGUAGCAGUUUGGGAAACUGCGUGUUUACAAAGGGGACCGGCGACGCACGGACGAACGACGAAGCACAAUGACGAGCGAGGACGAUGAAAAAAACAGGAGAGCGCUGACGCUGAGAUCACUUGGUCACAUGUUGAUCACGGCACCAAGCGUGAUGUUUUCAUUAGUCUAUUAUUGUUUUAUUUUUGUGAAUGUAACUAAAGCCGUGUUUGCCAGCAGGGACAUUUCUUCAGAUUGACUUGUAAUAUUUUUUCAGGGACGUUCUUUGUAAAUCUAUGUAAUUUUUCUAGUAUGACAAUCUUCACUCAAAUUGCCGGCAGACUGACCUUUCCGAGUGCUUACAAUUGAGAGAAGUUUAUUACGGAUUUACUAAUGAUGACGGCCAACUAAUGAAUAAGGCUAUAAUUUAGGAAGCAAGCCAUUGAGUUGACGUGUUUAUUGCUGUCAUUUGUUACAGCCCUUAUCAUUUAUGCAUGCCGUGUCAGCAGUAACCUUUUCGUGCUGAGCUUUUGUCUUAUUCAUGUCACACCUUUGAUCCUUCUGCUUUUAAAAUUAACACUGUGAUAAAUUUGUGGCCGGGGACACAACUAGUCAUUCUGCAAAGUCUAAUUUAUCUAAUGCAUUUCUUUCCAUAUACAUAUUGCAGUAUCACCUGGCUUGUCAAAUCAACAACAACAACAACGGAUCUCAUUGCUUUGCUCUUUUUAGCCACAUUUUGCUAAUGCAGAUUUUCCACAUGAGCCCUGAUGGACCCUUACAAUUUAACACAAACUGUUUUGAAUAUCUGUUGAUAAUACCUGUACAACUAUUUAAAGAUGCAUUGUGAUUAUUACAAGAUGAAGCUAUAUAUUUUCAAAAUAUAAUGAAUAAAAAUGCCCCUCACUUGGGUUUUCUUCU